UUCAUAUAGUAUAUAGCAUAUAAGUUGAAUUUAUUUCUAGUACUGUGGAGUAUGCAACUCUGUCACUAGCAAGUACUAAAGCCUCCACUGGUUUGCUAAGUCAUGAUAAAGAGAAGUAUUCCUCCUCCUAAUUACUCCACUCUCUUCAUUCCAUUGUUCCCAUCUUUCAUAUAGUACCAUAUAUCUUUGUCCCUACAAGAAAUACAUAUUAUUAUUUCAUACAGAAAGAAAGCUAAGGAAAAUCAUGAAUUACAAGAAAUUAGGAGGGUGCAGGAAGAUGAGAGGAUUUAUGUGCCAGCCUGAAGUGUCAACUGCAGUGUGCUUGAGUUGUGAUUCAAGGUCAGUUGUCGUGCCUGUGGCGCAGCGUAGAAUGUCUAUGGAAGAACAUGCAAAAUUGAUCAACAAAUGUAGUACUAGGUUAGGGGAUGUACCACGUACACUUGACUCUAUGCCUAUUAGUAGAAGAUCAAGAAAUGUAGCUGCUGCUGCUGCUGUUGGUUCUUCUGUUUUGACAAUUUCUAAGAGAGAUCAAGAAAAUGGUUCCAAAAUUGUUCCUUCACUACCCUUAUCAGAUAACUCUUUCCAGGUUGUUGUGAUGAGAGUGUCACUUCAUUGUCAAGGCUGUGCUGGUAAAGUGAAGAAACAUCUCUCCAAGAUGGAAGGGGUGACAUCUUUCAGCAUAGAGUUGGAUAGGCAAAGGGUAACAGUGAUGGGACACGUGUCACCGGUUGGUGUGUUGGAAAGCAUAUCGAAAGUGAAAAGAGCUGAAUUUUGGCCCUAAAUAGUUGUUGGGAGAAGAAGCAGCAGAAAAAGAGAGCUGGAUUACCUAAAAGUGACCAAACAAUAUACUAGUGUUGUUUUUGGUUUACAUGAACAGGGUAUAGAGAGACUUAUUAGAGAAGUAGCCAAAAAAGAGACCUUUCUUGGCAUUAGCUUUCUAUUUAGGUAGAAUUCUGUUUUAAAUCCCAUGGUAUGGUCCCCUCCCCUCAUUCAUCAAAUGGGGUUGCUGUUGCAAAAUUCUGAAAUCUCAUCAUGUGAACAAUGCCAGUACUGAUGCUAAUAAAAUCUCUCUCCCAUUUA